UAACUCGUCAUGUCGAAAGUGAUCCAGAAGAAGAACCACUGGACUAGCAAGGUUCAUGAAUGCACCGUGAAGCGGGGACCCCAGGGGGAGCUGGGGGUGACGGUGCUGGGGGGCGCGGAGAACGGGGAGUUUCCGUAUGUCGGAGCGGUGGCCGCGGCCGAGGCGGCGGAGCUUCCUGGCGGCGGCGAGGGCCCCAGGCUGGGCGCAGGGGAGCUACUUCUGGAGGUGCAGGGGAUCCGGGUGUCCGGCUUGCCCCGCUACGACGUGCUGGGAGUCCUCGACAGCUGCAAGGAGGCCGUCACCUUCAAAGCCGUCAGACCAGGAGGAAAGCUGAGCAAGGACCUGCGGCACUUUCUCAGCCAGCGCUUCCAGAAGGGCUCUCCUGACCACGAGCUGCAGCAGACCAUCAGGGACAACCUGUACCGCCACGCUGUGCCUUGCACAACCCGCUCUCCCAGGGAAGGAGAAGUGCCCGGCGUGGACUACAGCUUCCUGACCGUGAAGGAGUUCUUGGACCUCGAGCAGAGCGGGACUCUCCUGGAGGUCGGCACCUAUGAAGGAAACUAUUAUGGGACACCCAAACCUCCCAGCCAGCCGGUCAGUGGGAAAGUGAUCACGACGGAUGCCUUGCAAAGCCUUCACUCCGGCUCCAAGCAGGCGACCCCCAAGCGAACCAAGUCCUACAAUGACAUGCAAAAUGCUGGCCUAGUGCAUGCGGAGCUGGAGGAGGAUGACGGUCCUGAAAUGAACAGCAGCUUCACAGCCGAUUCUGCUGAUCAAGAAGAGCACAGCCUCCCAGAAGCAACGCUCCCGCCUGUGAAUAGUAGCCUCAUCGCUGCUCCCAUCACGGACCCUUCUCAGAAGUUCCCUCAAUACCUACCUCUUUCCACAGAGGAUAAUCUAGGUCCUCUACCUGAGAACUGGGAGAUGGCCUACACCGAAAAUGGAGAAGUCUAUUUUAUAGACCAUAACACAAAAACAACAUCUUGGUUAGACCCUCGGUGCCUGAACAAGCAGCAGAAGCCUCUGGAAGAGUGUGAGGAUGAUGAAGGGGUCCACACAGAGGAGCUGGACAGCGAACUAGAACUGCCUGCCGGUUGGGAAAAGAUUGAAGACCCUGUCUAUGGUAUCUACUAUGUAGACCACAUCAACAGGAAGACACAGUAUGAGAACCCAGUUCUAGAAGCCAAACGGAAGAAGCAGCUGGAGCAGCCGCCGCCGCAGCCGCAGCCGCAGCCACAGCCGCCAUCGGAAGAAUGGACAGAAGAACGGUCAUCGCUCGUGCCUCCUGCUAUUCCCAGCCACCCCCCAAGCAACCCGGAGCCGGCCAGAGACACUACCCUUCAGGGCAAACCCUUUUUUACACGAAACCCUUCUGAACUGAAAGGCAAGUUCAUUCACACGAAGCUGCGGAAAAGCAGCCGUGGCUUUGGCUUCACGGUCGUCGGAGGGGACGAACCUGACGAGUUUCUGCAGAUCAAGAGCCUCGUCCUGGACGGUCCCGCUGCGCUGGACGGCAAGAUGGAAACAGGAGAUGUAAUUGUCAGUGUGAACGACACCUGUGUUUUGGGACACACACAUGCGCAAGUUGUGAAAAUCUUCCAGUCCAUUCCCAUUGGUGCCAGUGUGGACCUUGAACUCUGCCGAGGUUAUCCAUUGCCUUUUGACCCAGAUGACCCCAAUACGAGUUUAGUGACCUCAGUGGCCAUUUUGGAUAAAGAACCAAUUAUCGUGAACGGGCAAGAGACCUACGAUUCGCCAGCUAGUCACAGCAGUAAAACGGGCAAAGUCAACGGCAUGAAGGACGCCAGGCCGAGCAGCCCAGCCGACGUGGCUUCAAACGGUUCCCAUGGUUACCCCAAUGACACUGUCUCUUUGGCUUCCUCCAUAGCCACUCAGCCAGAACUCAUAACUGUUCAUAUAGUCAAAGGGCCAAUGGGCUUUGGCUUCACUAUCGCAGACAGUCCUGGAGGGGGCGGCCAAAGAGUGAAACAGAUUGUGGACAGCCCAAGGUGCCGCGGCCUGAAGGAAGGGGACCUCAUCGUGGAAGUGAACAAGAAGAAUGUGCAGGCUCUCACUCACAACCAGGUCGUGGACAUGCUGAUCGAAUGUCCAAAGGGGAGUGAGGUCACCUUGUUGGUGCAACGAGGAGGGCUGCCAGUUCCCAAGAAGAGCCCCAAGUCGCAACCACUGGAGAGAAAAGACAGCCAGAACAGCUCCCAGCACAGCGUCGCCAGCCACCGCAGCCUGCACACGGCCUCGCCCAGCCACAGCACACAGGUGCUCCCCGAGUACCCGCCUGCAGAGGCCCCCGCCGCAGAGCAGACCGACAGCUGUGGGCAGAAAAAGCCAGAUCCUUUUAAAAUCUGGGCCCAGUCCAGGAGCAUGUAUGAAAGCCGACUUCCAGAUUACCAAGAGCAGGACAUCUUCCUCUGGAGGAAAGAGACUGGAUUUGGAUUUAGGAUUCUGGGUGGAAAUGAACCAGGGGAACCUAUUUAUAUCGGUCACAUUGUACCACUGGGUGCUGCUGAUACGGAUGGCCGCCUGAGGUCUGGGGAUGAAUUAAUCUGUGUGGAUGGGACACCAGUCAUUGGAAAGUCACACCAGCUUGUGGUCCAGCUUAUGCAACAAGCUGCCAAGCAAGGCCAUGUCAACCUCACGGUGCGGCGCAAAGUGGUAUUUUCAGCCCCCAAAGCGGAGCCGGAGGUGCCCUCGCCGGCCUCGUCGCACCACAGCAGCACGCAGCCCGCCUCGCUGACCGAGGAGAAGCGCACCCCGCAGGGCAGCCAGAACUCGCUGAACACGGUGAGCUCCGGCAGCGGCAGCACCAGCGGCAUCGGCAGCGGCGGGGGCGGCGGCAGCGGCGUGGGCAGCGCCCUGCAGCCCUACGACGUGGAGAUCCGGCGCGGGGACAGCGAGGGCUUCGGCUUCGUCAUCGUGUCGUCCGUGAGCCGGCCCGAGGCGGGCACGACCUUCGGCAAUGCAUGUGUGGCUAUGCCUCACAAAAUAGGUCGGAUUAUUGAGGGGAGCCCUGCUGACCGAUGUGGCAAGCUGAAAGUAGGAGACCGGAUCUUGGCAGUAAAUGGAUGUUCCAUCACCAACAAGUCCCAUUCAGACAUUGUCAACCUAAUCAAGGAAGCGGGAAACACAGUUACCCUCCGCAUCAUUCCCGGGGAUGAGUCUUCGAACGCCACUUUGCUGACCAACGCGGAGAAGAUCGCAACCAUCACCACCACACACACCCCCUCUCAGCAGGGGGCCCAGGAGACCAGGAAUACCACCAAACCAAAGCCGGAAUCUCAGUUUGAGUUCAAAGCACCCCAGGCAACACAGGAGCAGGAUUUUUACACUGUGGACCUGGAAAGAGGAGCCAAGGGCUUUGGCUUCAGUCUCCGAGGGGGCCGAGAGUACAACAUGGACCUCUAUGUUCUGCGCUUGGCAGAGGAUGGUCCUGCCGAAAGGUGUGGAAAGAUGAGGAUCGGUGACGAAAUUUUAGAGAUCAAUGGUGAAACCACCAAAAACAUGAAGCAUUCUCGGGCUAUAGAACUGAUUAAGAACGGUGGCCGCAGAGUGCGUCUGUCUCUGAAGCGGGGCGACGGCUCGGUACCGGAAUAUGACCCCGGCAGCGAGCGGACCGGCGGCUCCGCCGGUGCACACCACGGCUUCCCGGAAGUGAGGCCUGGCGUCCCGGAAGUGAGGCCCGGCGCCCCGGAAACGAGGGGCCGCCGGCUGCCCCCACCAUCGGAGUCCAGUCACCCACCCGACCUUCACAGAUCACCGCCGCACGGGGACCAGCGGGCGCACGGGGGAGCCCCGAGGGGCAGCAGGGAGCCCGGCCGGGCGCCCAGUGAGCACCACACGUGGAACGGGACUCCCAGGACCCCCGGCGGCGGGGCCUGCCGCCCCCAGGACCGGGCGCCCGAGGGGCGAAGGGAGGCGCCCCCCGAGCGGCUGGCGGCCGAUGGCCCAGGCAGGCGGGCCCCCGAGAGGCGCCGGGAGGGCACCCGAAGCGCUGACAACACGCUGGAGCGGAGGGAGAAGCCCGAGCGCAGACGCGAGGCCUCUCCCGGGAGGAGGCGCGAGCGCUCGCCCGGCCGCCGGAGGGAAGGCUCGCCCGGCCGCCGGAGGAGGUCCCUGGAGCGGCUCCUGGAGCAGAGAAGGUCUCCGGAGCGCAGGAGGCCGGGCUCGCCCGAGAGGAGGGCCAAGUCCACCGACCGCAGGCGUGCGAGGUCCCCGGAGCGCAGGCGGGAGCGGUCCCUGGAGAAAAGGAACCGAGAGGACCGAGCCGGCCACCGAGAGAGGGAAGAGGGGAGCCUGAAGCCCGAGGGCGGCCGCGGCUGCAGACACCCCCCGGAGCAGAGAAGGCGGCCUUACAAAGAAUGCAGCACCGACCUCAGUAUCUGAGCCAGUCACCGCCGGCCGUUCCCCUGUCCCAGGUUCAAGAGGAAGCUCACACACCUGAAAUAAUUUCCUCACCUUGUGAAGCAUCUGACACCUGAAGACCCUAUGAAUAGCAACAAACAUUUUAUGCAUUUGAAUUUAUAAGAAAAAAAUAUAUAUGUGAAAAGUGUUGUGCCUGAUGUAUAAUAUUAAAGAAAGUAUUUUUAAAUGCA